GCCGCACACAAGUUCACAGAUUCACUUGCUUUAACGCUGGUGUUACAACGCGGGUAAAUAUAUAAUUCUUGGAUUCUGCGUUCAGCACUGUUACAAAUUACAGGUUGGCGCUCCCCACAGCGGCUAUGAAUCUGUCUGAGGAGGAGAGAGACGCCUUCUCUGGCACUUCAGUGGGACAGUGGAAUACAGUUCUUACCACAUAUUACAUCCUGAUAUUCAUCAUUGCUGUGCCUGGGAACGCCCUGGCACUGUGGGCCUUCUUUCACCAGAAGAACACGUCACCCACGAAAGUCUUCCUGAGCAGCCUGUCUGUCGCCGACAUCUCUUACAUCCUCAUUCUGCCCAUGCGUAUCGGUUACCACCUGUCGGAUCAACGCUGGCCUUUUGGAGACGUCCUCUGUCGAUUGUCUGGCUUCCUGUUUUACCUGAACAUGUACUGCAGCCUCUAUCUAAUGAGUUUCAUCAGCCUGGACAGAUUUGUGGCAGUUGUUUUGCCAAUUAAGUCCCAGUCCAUCAGAAAGCCUAAGUACGCAAAGGUGGCUGUUGUCAUACUUUGGGUGAUAAUCAUCGUGUCUAUGAGUCCUACUCUUUCCUUGAGAAAGACUCGAACCGUCUCGCCUGGCAUCUGCAAUAACCUGUACUUAGAAAAGACGUCUUCCGCUGCCCUGAUUUCCACUAUUGUUGCAUUUGCAAUUCCUUUGGCCGUCAUAACUGUUUGCUAUACACUCAUUCUGUUGAAAUUAAGGACGCUGGAUCAACAUGAAGAACGGCCAGUGAAAGACAAAGCUAUCAAAAUGAUCAUACUCGUUUUGAUGAACUUCCUGUUGGCUUUCGUGCCCUACCAUGUGUGCCGAGUAAUCUACAUCAAAAUGUAUGCCCCUGGUCUCACCAACGGACCCCCAGAGCCACUUGUGAGAGCAAAUCAGAUAACAUCAGCGCUGACAUGUGUCAGUGGUGUGCUCGACCCAGUGAUGUAUUUUUUCCUAAACCGUGCGUACAGGAACCAACUUCUUCAGCUGUUUUGUAGAAAACAGGAAACAAAUCUGUAAACAGCGAAGGUGUUCAAGCAAAUCUGUCAGUUUCCAUUUCGGGAUGUAUAAGAAACCUUCAAGUGUUGUUUAAGUUUUGAUGGUUAGAUUUAGUCAAAGAUAUGAUGCAUAAAUAUUGGAUUUGGAGUUCUAAUCUUCUUUUUUGAGGAGGCAUGUGAAACAUUAAAAUCAUUUCCUUGUAUAGCAGACGUCACCACGUUUGAUAAGAUGUCUGUCAUAUUUUGCAGGUUGAUUUAAUCAGCUGAUUAAAUCAACCUGCAAAACAUGACAGACAUCUUAUCUUACAGCUAGCCGUUCUUCAGGAAAUGGUGCAACAUAUUCAAUGCUUACAAUGCUUCACAGUUAAAAUUUGCAU